AUGAGAAAGCGUGGUGAAGGCAAGUGGCAGCGGCUCAUCGCGGCCGGCGGCGACGUGGACCCGCCGGCAGACCUUGGCCUGCAGCGCCCGACCGAUGUGCAGCUCUGGAAGCUCCUGGAGAGGUCGGCAGCUCGCGGGGGAAGCCGCUACGAUGCCGAAAUUGCGCGCAUACAGUUGUCGGGGGAUGCCGCGUCCGGCGACAUUCUCAAGCUGCUCACAAGCGCCAUCGCCAAGUCAGGCAUAACCUCUCCUGUACACUACGCAUUGCCGGACGCUGCCGUUGCCGCGGCCUCGAUUCAAAAGAUCUCAGACAAGGAGACCAAGCUCUCCGUCGUGCCAGAGGCAAUUUCCGACUUGUUUAGCGACCAGGAGGCUUUCGAGAAUGCCCGGUUCGACCUGCUGACGAGGCUGCCGCCAUCCCCAGUCGCGACAGACGGCGGCGGCGACGGCACAGGAUCGGCCGCCGCGCUACCAUUUUCCACGUCUGUGGUAUCCGAGGCACUGACGGACCUGCACCAUGACCACAACUAUAUGGGCGCGCGUAAGCUGCUCGAGCUCACGCGAGACGGACCUAAAUCGCGUGAGUUUUUAAAGGCCGCUGAGGGCGAGAAGUUCUUGGAGCAGCAGAUUGGAUCUUGCGGGCUUAGGUCCUGA